AAAUAUAUAUUCACAAUCAUCCUAGCUCUCUUGCUAAUCUACAUCCUCUUCCGGAAGAACUACUACUCCAAGCAUGGAAUACCUCAUCCAAAACCUCAUUUCUUCAUCGGCAAUCUGCUUCCAGUAAUCCAAAAGAAGCAAGCAUUCGUCGAGCUCCUUAUAGACCUUUACAAUUUCAACAAAGACGCCAAGUACAUUGGGUACUACGACUUUAACGGCCCAAUGACGAUAAUUCGUGACUUGGACCUGAUCAAGAGUAUCACUACCAAGAAUUUCGAGCACUUUGUUGACCACCAGAAGUUGGUUGCUGAUCCAGACUCAGACGUCCUGUUCGGGAACAACCUUUUCACUCUUCGCGGAGAUCAAUGGCGUAGAAUCCGAGGGAUGAUGACUGGAGUGUUUACAUCCAGCAAUAUGAAGGCUAUGUUCAAGCUGAUGGCAGAUUGUGGGGACAAUUUUUCUGAGUACCUUGCAGCUAAAUCCAAGGAAAGCUUGACU